UUAUCUAAACAAAAACUUAUCAAAUAAUAUUCCAAUCAGAAUAGGUGAUUUUGAAUUUAAUAGUAACAUGUAAGCUCCGUCUUGUGGCAUAACGUCUUACAUGGGACAAACGCUAUGGCUGUCAUCUGUCUAAUAACCUUUUUUCUGGCUACAAACAUUAUAGUGGCAAAUUGCAUUCUCUUAGAAAAUAUUAAUAACCAUCAGCAAACAACGCCAGCAGCUCAUCCUGAUACUCUGGUUUUUCUCAUGCAAGAAGUGAUACAGAUGAAGAAUUCCUUGAAGCAAAAUGCCGAGGAAAUAAAGCGUUUGAAAACUGAACAAGAAGCUGGAAGGAAUUCAAGCCUUGCUAAUGAGAUCAACAAACUGCAUGCAGAAAUAUCUGUGCUAAAAUUUACUGUUGAAAAUGCUAUCAGCGACCAUUCGAGCUCAAAUUUAGUCGGUGAAACAAACUUAACAGACGUUAUGACGAAACUUCAUACCGUGGAAAAUGGCAUUCGACAGUUAACUCUUGCCUUGAAUGAAAAGGUAUCAAGCGUGCAAAUGACUAGUCACAAUAUAAAGAUGGAUGCAGUGCUGAAAAAUAUCUCAAAUCGUGUGCAUGCUGUAGAAAAUGAAAAGGUGUCAGACAUGCAAAUGACUAGUCUUAAGGUACAAAUGAAUGCAUUGCUGAAAAAUAUCUCAAAUCGUGUGCAUGCUAUAGAAAAUGUACAGCAAAUUGUAUCACAGAUAUCCAAUCAUGAGUCAUCUGUGGACGCAAUGAUCCAUAACUUAACAGAGCGUGUUCAUUCCUUGGAAUAUGAUAAGGUCCUUCCAGGAAGAAUCAGAUUGGUAAAUGGAUCAACCAGUUGGAUGGGGAGAGUUGAAGUGUCCUAUAACGGGACAUGGGCCACUGUACCUGGUUACAAGCACACUUCUGAUGUCUAUACUUUUGAUGACAAGGCUGCCCAGGUAGUGUGUCGUAUGCUGGGAUAUCCGACAAAAAAUGCUGCUGUUAUCCACGAAACAUCUCCAUUACAUUUUGGAAGGGGGUCGGGACAUAUUGAUAUGUCUCUUUAUGCUCUCCAUUGUACUGGACGUGAGAGCUCGCUCUAUCAGUGCAGCAAAACAACAGAUCCUAUUCCAUUUCAAGCGCAUUACUAUGAUGCAGGUGUUGCUUGCAUGGACAUUCGCCUGGCUGGUGGGUCAUCUCCGAUG